UGCAGCUUUUUGAAGGGCUUAUCGGCUCGUCUACGAUACGUCGCCCCACGCAAUUAUUUCCCCAUGAUUCUUUUGUGUUACGAAAGCGCCAGAUCUUUGGAUUAGAAUACAAGAAAGUAUUCCUGCUCUACUCUAGUGUGAAAAUUAUGAGUACCGAAAUCAUACUCCUUUUGUCCUAAGCACUCCAAUAGAUUGCGAAUUUUCCUGAGACGCCACCCGCCGCCGCACUCGGCUUAAGUUCUAGUACGUAUCCCGUUCCGUUCUGCUCGCACCACUUGGCCAUCUCUCCCGUUGCUGAAUUUAUUUAUUUGUUUGUUCUCAUUCACUCGUCACCUACCUAGCCCUCAUUCCGCGGGUCAAAACUCAGAAUGCCUCCAGCCUGAAUUUAUUCUGUUACCGAACAGUGCAAAGCAAGUGAGAAAGCCUGGGAAUUUUGAUAGGGCCAUCGUACCAGCUCAUGAUCUUGCGUGUCGCCGCCCGCAGCUCAUGAUCCGCCCGAUUUCGCAUUUCGUCCACCCAAAGCAAUGCAAAGGCCGGGGGAGAACAUGCUAGAUUGCUAGAUGAGAUCACAAGGCGCGGUGUUGUAACUGGUGCGACCAGGAAAUGAGCUUGCACAGCUGUCCGGCCGCGGCCGGGGACGCGCCGACCGGGACGGCGGAGGACCUGCUCGAGCGGGCGCGGGGCCUGGUGCCGGCGGCGCUGGACGCGGCGCGCGCGGCGACGGGGUUUGGCGCGCGGUGGAAGGCCAUCGCGGCGAGGCUCGAGAGGGUGCCGCCGUGCCUGUCCGACCUGUCCAGCCACCCCUGCUUCUCCAAGAACGCGCUCUGCCGGGAGCUGUUGCAGUCCGUUGCUGCCACCCUCGCCGAGGCCGCCGAGCUCGGCGUGCUCUGCCGCGAGCCGCCCAAGGCUGGCAAGCUGCAGAUGCAGAGCGACCUGGACGCUCUCGCCGGGAAGCUGGACCUCAACCUCCGGGACUGCGCGCUGCUUGUCAAGACCGGCGUGCUGUCAGAUGUGACGGUUCCGUCUCCUCCGGCUGAGGCGGCGGCGGCAGAAGCCUCGCAGACGGACGUGCGGGAGCUACUCGCUAGGCUGCAAAUCGGGCACGCCGAGGCGAAGCACCGGGCUGUGGAGGGGCUCCUUGAUGCGCUGCGCGAGGACGAGAAGAGUGUGCUGUCGGCGCUCGGCCGUGGCAACGUGGCCGCGCUGGUGCAGUUGCUGACGGCGACGGCGCCCAAGAUCAGGGAGAAGGCAGCCACCGUGCUCUGCUUGCUUGCCGAGUCCGGAAGCUGCGAGGGCUUACUGGUGUCGGAGGGCGCGCUGCCGCCGCUCAUCCGGCUGGCAGAGUCCGGCAGCCUUGUUGGCCGGGAGAAGGCCGUCAUCACGCUGCAGCGUCUGUCCAUGUCACCCGAGAUUGCCCGCGCCAUCGUCGGGCACAGCGGCGUCCGUCCACUCAUCGAAAUCUGCCAGACAGGGGACUCCAUCUCGCAAUCCGCGGCGGCGGGCGCGCUCAAGAACCUCUCCGCGGUGCCGGAGGUCCGGCAAGCGCUGGCCGAGGAAGGCAUCGCGCGCGUCAUGAUCAGCCUGCUCGACCGCGGCGUCGUGCUGGGUUCCAAGGAGUACGCGGCGGAGUGCCUGCAGAACUUCACGUCGAGCAACGACAACCUGCGGCGCGCCGUGGUGUCCGAGGGCGCGCUGCCCAGCCUGCUCGCUUACCUCGACGGUCCGCUGCCGCAGGAGUCCGCCGUGGGCGCACUCCGCAACCUCGUGUCCGCCGUCUCGCCGGACAACCUCGUGUCGCUCGGCGUGCUCCCGCGGCUCGCGCACGUGCUCCGCGACGGCUCCGUGGGCGCGCAGCAGGCAGCCGCGGCGGCCAUCUGCAAGAUCUCCAGCUCCCCGGAGAUGAAGCGGCUGGUGGGCGACCACGGGUGCAUGCCGCUGCUGGUGCGGCUGCUGGAGGCCAAGUCGAACGGCGCGCGGGAGGUGGCGGCGCAGGCGACGGCGACGCUGAUGAGCUGCCCGGCGAACGCGAGGGACGUGAAGAAGGACGAGAAGAGCGUGCCGAACCUGGUGCAGCUGCUGGACCCGAGCCCGGGGAACACGGCCAAGAAGUACGCCAUCUCCUGCCUCCUGGCGCUGUCGGCGAGCAAGCGGUGCAAGAAGCUGAUGAUCGCGCAGGGCGCCAUUGGGUACCUGAAGAAGCUCUCCGAGAUGGACGUGGCCGGCGCCAAGAAGCUGCUCGAGAAGCUGGAGCGUGGCAAGCUGCGCACCCUAUUCACUAGGAAGUAAAGCAAGGAGAAGCGUUCCGUUUUGCCGUGAACCUGUAAAAAGAGCCGCCGUCCUGUGUUCAUAGUCUCUAUGAAGGCAGUGCAGACUGCAGAGAGUAGUACUGUUGCCGAUCUGAACCUUUUAACAUACCGCGUUGUAGUACCGCUGGUUAAUGUGUAUGUCACCUAUGUCAGGCAGUUGAUGCACAAUGCAUUUGUUCUUUAACUUAGGCUGAAGAAUGCCAAUAAAAGAAUGUUCAGUGAAGAACAUUUGCCGAUU